UGCCUGUUAGUCCCAUAGACUGUAGAAAAAUAGUUUGGUUCUUGCAUUCGAUCGCCUCGCGCCUGCGCAAAGCGAAGUGACGUUUCAGCCAGCAUGGCGGUCAAGGUGCAAUCAACCAAAAGGGCCGAUCCCCAUGAACUGAAGGCUAUCUUUCUGAAGAACGCAACUGUUGUGGACAAGGAUGGGGAGCACUACAUGACCCCAGCUGACUUUGUGCAGAAGUUUCUGGGCCUGCACACACAGCUCCAUCACAACCCCAAGACUGUGCAGCUGAUUGCGGGUGUGGCAGACACCACUAAAGAUGGACUGAUCUCAUUCCAGGAGUUUCAGGCUUUUGAGUCUGUACUUUGUGUCCCGGAUGCCCUGUUUAUAGUAGCCUUUCAGUUAUUUGACAAGACCGGUACUGGGGACAUCUCAUUUGAGAAUGUCCGAGACAUCUUUAGCCAGACCACAGUCCACCACCACAUCCCUUUCAACUGGGACUGCGAGUUCAUCAGGCUGCACUUUGGCCAUGACAGGAAGAAGCGGCUCAGUUACCUAGAGUUCACUCAGUUUCUUCAGGAACUGCAGCUGGAGCAUGCCCGCCAAGCAUUCAUGCAGAAGGACAAAACCAGGAGCGGCGCCAUAUCCGCCUUAGACUUCAGUGACAUCAUGGCCACCAUCCGCCACCACAUGCUCACCCCCUUUGUGGAGGAGAACCUGGUCUCAGCUGCAGGGGGCAGCACCUCUCACAUGGUCAGCUUCUCCUACUUCAACGCCUUCAACUCGCUGCUCAACAAUAUGGAACUGAUCCGUAAGAUUUACAGCACCCUGGCAGGCUCACGCAAGGACACACUUGCCACCAAAGAGGAGUUUGUCCAUGCUGCCAACAAGUUUGGCCAGAUCACCCCCAUGGAAAUCGACAUCCUGUACCAACUGUCCAGUCUGCACACUCACUCUGGGCGGCUUAACCUGGCAGACAUCGAAAGGAUAGCACCGCUGGAGGAGGGAGCCCUGCCCCACCACCUGGCUGAGGUCCAGAGGCAGCAUGCAUACGGGGAGACGGGCAGACCAGUCUGGCUCCAGGCAGCAGAGUCCGCCUACAGGUUCACCCUGGGCUCCAUUGCCGGAGCCACGGGGGCAACGGCGGUGUACCCCAUUGACCUGGUGAAGACCCGCAUGCAGAAUCAGCGCUCCACUGGCUCCUUCGUGGGGGAGCUCAUGUACAAGAACAGCUUUGACUGUGCCAAGAAGGUGCUGAGAUAUGAGGGCUUCUUCGGCUUCUAUAGAGGUCUCUUACCGCAACUUAUUGGUGUUGCCCCAGAGAAAGCUAUCAAACUCACAAUGAACGACUUUGUGAGAGACAAGUUCACCACGAAAGAUGACACCAUUCCGCUGCUUGCCGAGGUGUUAGCGGGUGGAUGUGCUGGAGGCUCCCAGGUGAUCUUCACCAAUCCGCUAGAGAUCGUGAAGAUCCGCCUGCAGGUAGCAGGAGAGAUCACCACAGGUCCCCGGGUGAGCGCCCUCAAUGUCGUGCGAGACCUGGGUUUCUUCGGACUCUACAAGGGAGCAAAGGCCUGUUUUCUGCGGGACAUCCCUUUCUCUGCCAUCUACUUCCCAGUGUAUGCCCACACCAAGGCUGAGCUUGCUGAUGAGCAGGGCAGGGUGGGGGCGCUGCAGCUUCUGACCGCCGGAGCCAUUGCAGGUGUACCUGCUGCAUCCCUGGUAACCCCUGCUGAUGUCAUCAAGACCAGACUGCAGGUGGCAGCACGCGCCGGUCAGACGACGUACAACGGAGUUAUCGACUGCUUCAGGAAGAUCUUACACGAGGAGGGCUUCAGGGCCCUGUGGAAAGGAGCUGGAGCCCGUGUUUGCAGGUCCUCGCCUCAGUUUGCGGUCACCCUAGUGACCUAUGAACUCUUGCAGAGAUGGUUCUACAUUGAUUUUGGAGGACACCGCCCCACCGGCUCCGAGCCGACUCCCAAGUCCAGAAUCUCAGAGCUUCCUCCCCCCAGCCCUGAUCACGUGGGAGGAUACAGACUGGCUGCAGCAACAUUCGCAGGAGUGGAAAACAAGUUUGGCCUACACCUGCCCAAGUUCAAGUCUUCAGGCGUGGUGACAAUUCAGCCACCCGCUCCCAAGGAGGAGCCACAGGGGCCUUGAGACUGUCCUUUCACAAGUGCUGGAUCCUGAUUGGCUGCAUGCUUUGUGAGCCAAUCAUCCGCUUUAAACAUUUGUGUGCGAUUUUCUGCUCCUUUUGAAACUGUUCAUUAGAAGGAAGCUCACAUUGUGGGCUUUGUUUCUGGCCCUUUCAGAAGCGCUCUUUAUUUAACCUGCUGCAUGAAUAGUGCUUUGACGAUUUGCUUUGCGUAGCUUGCACAGUGUUACUGUACAUAUUGUACAUCUCUGUACAGACACAUGACCGAGUUGAGCCUAAAGACAUAGUGACAUCCUUCACCAAUGAUGCUUCAGUGUUGGGAGCAUCUCCAAUCAUACAUCGUAGCUUCAUAUGGUGUACAGAUGUUUUCAAAGUGUUUUAUUGAAAAGAAAAAGACAUCUAAAUCUUAGUAAAUAAUUUAAUACAUUU